AUGACAUCUUGAUUGUUAACAGCGACUUGUUCGAUUUAGCCUUAAAGUUUUAUGGAUAGUUGGGAUUGAUAUAAUAACAUUGCCAUUGAGAAUAAAACAAUCUGGAAAGUAGAAUAAAUGUGAUUUAACUUUAUUUGUAACAGAUCAUCAUCUCUGGAUAGCUUCAAGUGUAACAGAAUUGUUUGUUUCUUUUCGCUUAACCUUAUAACACAAUUGCGAGACAAAAAACUUAUGAUAUCAGAGUAUUCUAUGUACAAUGAACUUUGAGAAAUACUCUAAUUUUGGCAGCAUAAAAGGAGCGAUGUUGGGUAUUAUAUUAUAUGCUUAUCUUCUAGUUGGCAUCAGCUCAACGAGUACAUUUCCAAAUCCUUGUGGAGGAAUCAGAGGAAGAUUUAUAUGCGAUGACCAUGAUCCCCAAGUGUUCCAUAUAUGCUUGGGAAAUCAGAAGUAUACCAACAGGUGCCCCGGCGAUCUUCAUUACAAUGUGAGAACUCAGAACUGUGAUUGGCCAAAGGCAGUCAACUGUGUAGAAGAAGCCCGGCUGCACGCCAGCAGAACAUCAGGUAAAAUGAAUAUGGAAGACCGGAACACAGUCGAUGUAUUGGAAGACAGUAAUACCAUAGAUGUAUAUGCCAAUGAAGACGUUGAGACAAUAGACAAAGGUAGCGAGCAGAAGGUACCGAACUUAGCAGUUAAAAAACCCAAGUUUUCUUACGAUCAAAACCCCAAAGUGCAAAACAAGAAUACUAUCUCCCUUGAUGUUAUCGAGACGUAUGAAACGCCCGCAGAGGAGCGAACAAUAGAGAAAAGUAAGGAAAAGGAGCUAACAUUAGAGAAAAAUAAGGAAAAGGAGCUAACAUUAGAGAAAAGUAAGGAAAAGGAGCUAACAUUAGAGAAAAGAAAGGAAAAUGACGAUUUCGUGGUUGGAGAACGCCAAUCUGAGUCAGAAAUCAAUCUCAAAGAAGACAUUACUUCUCCGAAAACUGAUAAUAAAAAUAUAGAUGCCAAGAAAGAUAUUGAAUUAUUAAAUACAAGCGACGGAAAAGAGAAAACAAAUGAAUCUGUUUCUGAAACAACCACAUUUGGAGUGACGGGUGAGCCAUCGCCGACUAAGCCAAUAGAAAACGAUAUUGUAGGUCACAUGAUAGAAACUUACAAAGCAACAGAUUCCCCCCAAGUGUUUCUGUACACGCGGCCCAUUCAUCGCCAAAGAGCUAGACGCCCGUCUAUCAGUCCCUAUCAAAGGUCACCAUUUGCGAGCCCCGCUAGGCCCCCUGUCACUACGACGAGAAGGCUCACGACUACCAGCAGACCUCUCACCGCAACCACUGCGGCUCCCCCAAGGCGCCCCGUGACUACUUCACGCAGCCCUUUUAAAAAAACAACGGUCGUCUAUCACCCUUUUCUUUCAAACCGAACCAAGCCAGAUUAUCGGGAGUACGCACCGCAGCUAACUACUAAAAAACCGCAGGAAACCAGACAUUCCCCUUCCAAAGACAGAUCAAAAUGGAACCCUUACAUCUCUCCUGCACCGUACAGGUCGGCCACCAAUUACGACGAUGACAGAACAAACACACCUAAGUGGUAUGAGCUUGGUGAUGUGAAAAAAGCAAUGGCGUCAAAACCAGGCAUCAAUUCCUACGGAAACAAUAUCGGUAAGAGCGCCUCUGAAAAUAGCUUAGACAAAGACAGGCGCGAGAGAAAUCCACAUAGCGACAUUGCGGAACAAGUUUCAGAAAAACCUUUUUCAACGACAAAAUCCUCCACUUUAUCGUGGGUCAAAUCUACCACUGAUAGCGUUAUCCGAAGGGAAUCUUCUGCAGAGUCGAUGGAGAGGGUACGGAACAUUAUUAAGUCACGAAGUCACAGAACGCGUCACUUAAAAACAACAUCACUAGAAACACAGGAGAGUAAUACAACUCCUUUUGCAGAGACGACAAGUAAGUUGAAAACCAAAAGGUUCAAAUCGAAGACACCACUGUCACAAGCAUGGCUCAACGAAAGGAAGAGCCAUUCAGAAAUUAAUCAGGACUACCAGUGGUCAAAAAGUAUAUUUAAGAAGAACCGGUGGCUUCCUACAGAAGAACAACAGACAACUACUUCUGAAACUAAAACAACUGAAAAUGUAGAAGUAACUAGACAGAGUACCGCCAAAAGCACAACAAGACCUCUCAGUUCCAGAACACCGUCUUGGACAUACGCCAAAACGUCGAUGUACACCACAGAUGCCCGUCAUCUUACACUCCAGUUGAAAACUACGCCAAGUGUUAACGCAGCCGCGUCUCGUAUACAUUCCGAAAGACAUCAAAAAGCAUCAGAAAUGAAUGCUGUUCAGGAAUCUAUGCCAAAAACGACCAAUAAAUUACCUUGGUGGUCAUUAUCCACUGAGCGCGACACCAACACAUCACCCACACAGCAAAAGGAUGGAACUGAACGCAAGCAAAUCUCCUUUUAUCGCCGUGCCUUCCUACCUCGUCAGUUUGCACACAGGCCAAACUAUCAAACUAGGACACCUAUCUUUGACAAGGACGCCCAAUCUUCAGACCAUAGGGAAGAUAAAGGCACGCUUUUGUACAAACCCAACGAGCAUUUCUCUAAACCCAAAGAAAGAAGCUUCGAAUUGCACAAAUCAAAUUCCGAUUCUGAGAAUGAGCGUCGAUUUUCCCUUCACCGCGUCAGCAAUCCUUCAAGGAAUGACAGCCCAGGUGAAGAUAGAAAAUUCGCAUUGCACAAAGCACUGAACAGCAAGACCAAUCAGUACAGUGCUGCUGCUGCCGCAGACAGAAGACCAAGUGGAGCUAUCAGUGCAGCAGCCUCCUCUGACCAAAUAAUAAUUCAUACGGAGGAGUUAGCGAAAGAUAUUGACGACAAAAAGAAUAUCGAAAUCCAGUCUCCAAUCGAAAAGUACGAAUACAAAAAUGGAAAAUGUAGCAGCAGUUGGUGUAAACUUCCAGACUGCAGGUGUAUAGGAUCAGAUAUACCAGGGGAACUUGAUGCCAAGGACAUACCGCAGAUAGUGAUGCUUACCUUUGAUGACAGCAUCAACAGCCAAAAUAUGGGUUACUACAGGACCCUUUUUAAUGGCACUGCCAAGAAUCCAAACGGAUGUCCAAUAAAAGCCACCUUCUUUGUGUCCGGGGACAACAGUGACUACGACAUGGUCAGGAAGAUGUACAAAAAUGGGCACGAAAUAGCUUCUCACACGCUCAGCCAUCGAAGUCCGACAACUUGGUGGGCAGACGCUGGCUUUGACAACUGGGAGCACGAGAUUGUUGGGAUGAAGCAGAGGCUGAACGAGAAGUCUGGAGUUCCAUUGAAAGAGAUCACUGGAAUGAGAGCACCUUUCUUGCAGGUCGGUGGUGACGCUCAGUACGCCAUGCUAAAAGAAAACAAGUUCCGGUAUGACACUUCCAUGGUAACGGGUUAUCUCUACGAUAACAAAGAGCCUCCAACGUGGCCCUUCACCCUGGACACGCCACCGGACAGCAAAACCUGCAGCCUGACCCCUUGUCCGACUCGAUCGUAUCCUGGUCUUUGGGAAGUCCCUCUGAUAAGAUGGUACGGUUCCAAUCGAAUGGCUUGUGCAAUGCCAGACGCCUGCACCAUAGGUGUUGGGACCAAAGGAAGCUAUAAAUUUAUCGAAGACAACUUUAUGAGACAUUACACCACAAACAGGGCGCCGUUUGGCAUUUUUAUCCACGCCUCCUGGUUCGGUAGGAAGGAUGGAAACCUCCAAGGCCUGGUGGAGUUCCUGGCAUCGCUGGCCGACAAGAAAGAUGUGUGGGUGGUUACUGUAUCCCAAGCCUUGGACUGGAUACAGAAACCUGUCAGGCUCUCGGCCAUCAAUGCCAUCGAAUCAUGGUCGUGCUAGGUUUUUUGGCUUGAGUGACGUAGACAAGUAGAAAGGUGGUGGUACAUUCAUCCACAUAGCGCGCGUGCUGAUAAAGAUCAUGUUGAACAGGAUGAAAUCCCCCAAAACGAUCCCACGAUCCUCCAUCAACACCCCGGUGUUGACAAAACUAUGAAACACAAUGACACAAAUGCAGUGCUUCUUAAACAACGUACCAUAAUUGAGCAAUCUUAUAACCGAGGUAUAUUGUCAACACAGAUUCAGUGUUGCUUCUAAACCUAACUAGGAUUCAGUGUUGUAUCUAAAUGUUUCAAACUAUAAGCUGUUUGCCGAGGAAGCACUCGUAACAGUUAAAACUACGAAACUAGUCGAAGUGUAAAAAAAUAUAGGCCUACAUGUCUCACAAACAGCCGUUAUGUAACCUUUAACAUAAAUAAUCAAAACGUCUUUCUAUGACAACUAAUGACUCAUAUGACCAGAAAUGUAAAAUUUAGAUCUCUACCUUUUUGUGGUUAACAAUUAUGUCAUCUGGUAUAUCUCUCAAUUUAUAUCACGGGAUUAAAAAAAAUACAUAUUCAUUAUACACAAUAUCGCCUUUUUUUUUUUUUACUUCCGUUAGAAUUCCUACAUAGAUUUAGCUUCAGAUAAUUUUUCACACGAUGUAUAUUUUAAAUAAGCUUUUGUAUUAUGAAAAAAUAUGUUGAGGCAUCAUUACUAGUAGGCUUAAUAUAACUUAACAUAUAAAAUAUAUUAUAAUAUUAUCGGAUAUUCACAAUUUCCUACAAUAAAUAACGUGCUUAUGUUUUUAAAGUUAAUCAAGCUAAUAUUUAAUUUAAUUUUCAAUCUACCUUUAAAUCUAAGAAUAGAUAAGUAUUACCUUUUAGAAAUGUUUAAUUUCAUGCUUCACUAUUGCCAAAUAAGACUGUUUUGUUCACUACAAGUAUUCAUAAUAUAAUUUUUGGUGCAAGUUUAUCCAAAAAUGUUGUGAAUUUAAAAAAAUCCUGGCCAUUGUUGGAUUGGAAAGAACGGGCGAAAGUAUUUGAUUAAAUCCUAACUGGCUGUAACUGUAAUAUUACACUCUAAAAAUACGAUUCAUUUAGAUGAAUGAAUGAAAUGAUAACAUAUAUGUGAGAAGACUUAUUGUCUUUUGAAUUACUCAUGCAUACCUGAAUGAUUAAAGUAUUUUUUAGUAGAUUUCGGUGUGAAUCGCAAACUCGUUACAUGUAUUUAUUUGAAUCAACUAAUAAUUAAAUCUUUGUUAAACUGUUGGUAAACAAUUGCUUUUCAGUUAUUGUUUCUUUGUUUAGAAAUUGCCUACCACACAAGGGAAACAUUUCCUAAUCAAAUCAUCUUUUUUUAAAAAAAUCCGACGAAAAAAAAAGAAGCAGUUUAAUGUAAACAUAACCCACAGGUCAGUCAACAUUCUUUCUAGUUUUCUUCCAAGUGAUCGUAGGUCUUCUUUCUUCGUUUCCAGUUCAGAUCUUUUAUACCAAAACUUUCUGUUGACAUCAGGUCGAAUAGCUGCGGUGUAAUCUUAUUAUUAACAUAUUCAUAACAAACAUAACCUAAAAUUCCUCCCACUGCCCUUGCUGAAGACAAAAUCUGUUGUUGUUUUUAUUAUCCCUCUCUCUCAUUUUUAGUCUACAUUUCAGAGUCACUCUGUGCCAGUUUGGUAGCAAAGUUAAUGGUCAGUAAUCGCUUUUUUCUUCCAUUUUUAAAAAUGAAUAUUUCGUCUUUAACCAUCCAAAUCCGAUCCGCACCAGAGUUGUUCUUUUGCCUAUGCAUAUAAAAUCCCGGACAUGGUCGAUAAGUUCCUAACAUAUGCCAGUGACUCUACAAAUGUUUAUGUACUUUUAUGUACUAGGCUUUUCACAACCUGUUCACAUCUAGGUUCGGGUAGCAGGUUCAGUGUCAUUGUCAAGUCUCAAACUACUUCGUAAGGAGCGGUAGAAUCCAGUAUUUCUCACUAGUUAGACUUUCCGUAAAAAUAAAAUGUCUAAAUUCAACUGGAAAAUUCUUUGUUACGUUUCUUUAACAUUUAUGUUACGAUAGAUAUUUACACUUGGACUAUAACUUUUAUGUAACGAUAGAUAUU